GGUGGAUCUUUCGCAGCUGGCUGACGACCUCGACCUUCAAUUGUGGGAUUGAAGCCGUCUGCACCUACCUGCUCGUGACAUCUCUCUUGACGCAUGCUUACCUUCCAAGGCACUCGAUCUGCAUCAAUCAGUACCAAAAUGGAAGCUCAUGCGAUGGGCUCUCAUGGGAUUGUUGGAAGCUCAGAUGGCACAGAAGAGAGGGAAAACAGCUCAAUUAACAUGUUCUCUGAAGGUGUCAACCUCAAGGAUUCCUUUUCACACAGCUGCUUUUCUUAUAUUUUAAAUGCAAUCACUUCAAUUUCAGUUACUUGUGUAUUAUUAUUUUCUUGUCCACUGCUGAAUAUGUCUUUCUUUUACUUCUCUAGUUUGAUACAACCAAGUUUAGAGGAAGAUGUUAGUACAGAAAUUUUGCUUGCUAAUAAAAAACUGAGGUCAACUGUUUGGAAAGAAUUUGAGUUGACUAUGCUAGAUGAUGGCACUUAUAAAGCAAUAUGCAAGCAUUGUAAAAAAGAUUUUGUGGCUGGUAAUAGAGCUGGAACAAGUCAUUUGAAGUACCACAUUGGAGUCUGUUCUAAGCUUCAGUCAAAGAGAAGAAAAUUCGGUAGUCCAAAGUUAGAUAUUCCUAUCUUUGAUCAGCAACGCAGCCGCGGUGAUUUUUCUAGAAUGGUUCUUGCUCAUGGUUACUCUUUCAACAUGUCUGAACACUACUAUACUAGAAUAUUCCUCUACAAUCUGCAACCUUCAUUCAAACUGGUACAUAGAACUACUCUAAAGGAUGACUGUAUGAGGAUUUAUGAGGAGGAGAAGUUGAAAGUGUACCAACUCUUUGAGAAACAAUCAUGUCGCUUCAGUUUAACAUCUGACAUGUGGACUCACACUGAAAUGAGUGGCUAUAUGAGUCUAACAGCACACUACAUUGAUGAUGAGUGGAAUUUGCACAAUAAGCUCGUCGGAUUUGCACAUGUAGAGGUACCCCACACGGGUGAGCAUAUUGCCAAAGAAAUCAUCAGUAGGCUAUAUCCUUGGAAUUUAGAUAGAAAAAUAUUUUGCUUUACACUAGACAAUUGCACUAUGAACAAUGUUGUGGUCCGAGAGUUGAAGAAAUUUCUCUUGUCAAAGAAAGCCUUGCACUUGGAUGGAAAUCUCUUUCAUAUUCGGUGUGCUGCUCAUGUGCUGAAUUUAAUUGUCCAAGAUGGUUUGAGUGUCAUUUCUUCAGCAAUAGGGAAUAUCCGAGAAACUGUCAAGUAUGUGAAUGGAUCCACAUCAAGAAAGGAAAAAUUCAAGCUUAUUGCACAGCAAGUCAACGCUCCUAAUUUAUCUCUCAAAGCUGAUGUCCCAACUAGAUGGAAUUCUACUUUUCUUAUGCUUGAAAGAGCAAUGAAAUUCCGUGAUGCUUUUGAUAGAUUGCAUGAAUGUGAUAGCUCAUACAAGUUCUUACCUUCCAAGGAGGACUGGCAGAAUAUUAAAUGUGUAGCAGAUUGCCUGAAGGUCUUUUAUGAGGUUACAAAAAGAGUUUCAGGUACAAAAUAUCCCACUUUAAGUUUGUACUUCAAUGAUUUCUGUGGAAUUUAUCUUCUUCUCCGUGAGUGGCAGUUCGGUGUUGAUGCAUUUGUUGCAUCUAUGGCUGUACCGAUGGUGGAUAAGUUUGAAAAAUAUUGGGACAUUGCAAAUAAAUUAUUAGAGAUUGCAACAAUUCUUGACCCUCGCUACAAAAUGAAAUCCAUCGAGUACUACUAUAAAUUGCUUUAUGAUCCAUUUGUGGCUGAACUAAGAAUUGAAUCCGCAAGAAAAUCAUUUCUUGAGUUGUUUAGUGAAUAUGCAAGUCAACCCUCCCAAACAUCAUCAGAUGCUAACUCAUCAAGGAAUUUUGAGGCAGCAGUACCUAGUUCAUCAACACAAUCAUCUAGUCUGUUUGCAACUAGACUGGGGCUAGAGAAGUUUAUAUAUGAGAGCAAUUCAAGUCUUCAUAGUAAAUCAGAGUUGGAGAUCUAUCUUGAAGACCCAUCUUCUCCUGGAAUUGGCAACAUUUCUUUUGAUAUUCUGGCCUGGUGGAGGGUUAAUGGCCCAAAAUAUCCAAUCAUUUCUCGGAUGGCUCGUGAUAUAUUGAGUGUUCCACUUUCAACCGUGGCCUCUGAGUCAAUUUUCAGUUCCGCUAAGAGGAUCCUUGAUGAUUAUCGCUGUAACCUGCUCCCAGAAACAAUUGAGGCUAUAAUGUGCUCACAUGAUUGGCUCAAGGGUCGCAUACCAGUUGAGCCUAGGGGUGUUGAAGGUAAUGUACCUACUUCUGAACCAUCUCUACCAACUAAAAGUCAAGAAGAUCAAACUGACGAUGAUUAAGGAGCAGGAUCAGACCAGGUUUCCAUACAGAUUAGCAGUCCCUGGGUGCUUUUGUUUCGAUAUAUGAGAUGUGAAGGCCUUUUCUUUCGCACUUUUACAAUAUUUCUGGUUAUCUUGUACUCUACAGAUAGGGAUGAGAGGAUUUGUUAGUGCUCAUGCUACGAUUAUUGUACAUCUCCAGUUAUCUGGACAUGUGACUUAGGUUCUAAAAUUCACAUGUGGCCUUCGUAGUACUCAUUGAACAAUUCACCCUCUUCAGCUUCUUGCA